AUGUCUCUUGUUAACCGCCCCAACCCUGUCCCCCACCUCCAGCGUCUCUACCAGACCAACACCAACGUCCCAAUCUACCUCAAGAAGGGUGGUGACAAGUUCAUCAUGACCGCCUUUGCCGGAUUGAUGACCGUCGGUCUUAUCGGAAGCCUCUACGGUGCCACCAAGAUGGCUCGUGGUGUCAAGAACUAA